AUGGGUUUGGCCGGCGCCGCAGCUGUAACCCCGGACCCUGAAAAUGCUGAACGUAUUGUUGCUAUUUCUGGAGGCUGUGUGAGUGUGGGCGACUCUGUGUGUGUCUUAAUUCCAUCUUAAUCCCGCCGGACUCUUAAAAGGUGCCUCACUCCCUCAGGGGGCUGCACUCUCACAUCCACUCUCCCCCUCUGUGAAGUGUGUGUCCCGGAGGAUAGCUCACCAUGAAUGGCACAGAAGGACCCAACUUCUAUGUCCCUAUGUCCAACAAGACGGGGCUGGUACGCAGCCCCUUCGAGUUCCCUCAGUACUACCUGGCCGAGCCCUGGAAGUACUCGCUGGUGGCGGCGUACAUGCUCUUCCUCAUCGUCACCGCCUUCCCCAUCAACUUCCUCACUCUCUACGUCACCGUCCAACACAAGAAGCUGAGGACACCGCUGAACUACGUGCUCCUCAACCUGGCGGUGGCUGAUCUGUUCAUGGUGGUGGGCGGCUUCACGGUCACUCUGUACACGGCCCUGCAUGGAUACUUCAAAUUGGGGGUCACUGGCUGCAACAUUGAGGGAUUCUUCGCCACGUUGGGAGGAGAGAUCGGCUUGUGGUCUCUGGUGGUGCUGGCGAUCGAGCGCUUCAUUGUGGUCUGUAAACCCAUGACCAACUUCCGCUUUGGAGAGAAGCAUGCCAUCGCAGGCCUGGCGUUCACCUGGAUCAUGGCCUUGACCUGUGCUGCUCCGCCUCUGUUUGGAUGGUCCCGGUACAUCCCGGAGGGAAUGCAGUGCUCCUGUGGAAUUGACUACUACACUCCCAAACCGGAGAUCAACAACACCUCAUUCGUCAUCUAUAUGUUUGUCCUCCACUUCUGCAUCCCUCUCUUCAUCAUCUUCUUCUGCUACAGCCGGCUGCUCUGCACCGUCCGAGCGGCGGCGGCUCAGCAGCAGGAGUCUGAAACGACCCAGCGAGCCGAGCGAGAGGUGACUCGCAUGGUCAUCGUCAUGGUGAUCUCCUUCUUGGUGUGCUGGGUGCCGUACGCCAGCGUGGCCUGGUACAUCUUCGCCAACCAGGGCACGGAGUUCGGACCAGAGUUCAUGACGGCGCCGGCCUUUUUCGCCAAGAGCGCAGCCCUGUACAACCCUAUCAUCUACAUCCUGCUCAACAAACAGUUCCGAAACUGCAUGAUCACAACGGUCUGCUGUGGGAAAAACCCGUUCGGAGACGAAGACGCCUCCACCGUGUCCAAAACCCAGACCUCAUCACUGUCAUCCGGCCAGGUGGCCCCAGCUUGACCCCUGGUGCCUUCAACCCUGCCUCCUCCUUCUUGUCUGUGUCCCAUCAAGCAACAUGAGUCAAAGCUCAAGUGAAGCGCCCAAAAGCUCUGAGCAAAGCAGUGUUUUUUUUUGUUUCCUGAAAUGAUCAAAAACAAUAUCACAACAACACUCAGUGGGGUAAACAAGAGCAGAAACAAAAGCUGGAAGAGAACCAGUCGCGGCGUUGUUUGAUUUUCGCUCAUUAUGUUUCCUUGGAGGGAGAAUCUCUGGUGUGCACCAUCCACCGACAUAAAUAUUCAUGUUCAUCUGAAUGUAGAAACAUUAUUGUGCACAAUAUUGUAUUUCUUGGAAGUAAAGCAAAUAGUGAGUGUUUGCGUCUCUUUGUUGAAUUCCAUAUUCAUCUCACAUGAGUCGAGAUCGACUGUGUUGCGUUGACUUUAAAUAAGGAGCGAUGAGGCCUGGGGGAAUUAGGAGAAUAAUUAUCAUGUGAAAAUAAACGAAAAUAACA